CGGAGCAGGCAUUGCUGCGGCGGCCGAGAGCUCUGCCCGCUGCCCGCUGCCCGCCCGGAGCCACAAUGUCAAGAGGAGACACGUCACCAGCACGAUGAAGUCAUACCAGAAGCUGACACAGCCAUCAACAUGCCAGCUGGAGGAGGAAGGGGCUGCCCCAGCGCCCACCGGCCAUGGGAAGCUGGCCCCGUGCUGGGUGGGCAGCGGGCUGCUGGUGGCCGCCGUGCUGCUGAGUGCCAUCACCGUCUGGGUACUGCAGCAGGUAUCAGUGGGCUGGCCCCGACCCACGCUGCCCCCCAAGUGUCUCCUGGUACCCGAAAGCCACCGCUUUGACUGCUACCCGGAGCGGCGCGUGGUGGUGACACAGCAGCUCUGUGAGAGCCGAGGGUGCUGCUUCAUCGAGAGCUCACCUCCAGCGGGGGGCAAGCAAGGGGUGCCCUGGUGCUUCUACCCCCCUGACUUCCCCAGCUACACCCUGGAGAGCCUCAAUCAGACAGCGCUGGGCAUGGUGGGGUUGCUGGUGCGGCGGGAGAAGGCCUAUUACCCCCGGGACAUCGAGAUGCUGAGGCUGGAUGUGGAGCUUGAGACGGACACGAGGCUGCACAUCAAGAUAACGGAUGCGGCCAACCCACGGUACGAGGUUCCUCUCGAGGUUCCCCGGGCAAUGAAGAAAGCAGAAAAUCCCAUCUACAGCCUGGACUUCUCCUGGGAUCCCUUUGGGGUGGUGCUGCGGCGCAGAGCGACAGGGGUGGUGCUGCUCAACACCACUGUGGCCCCAUUGAUCUUCGCUGACCAGUUUCUCCAGAUAUCCACAUCGCUCCCAUCAAAGUUCCUCUAUGGGCUGGGGGAGCACCGCGGCCCCCUCCUGCACAGCAUGGACUGGAGCACCCUCACGCUGUGGGCCCGCGAUGUGUCCCCCACGGAAUCAUUCAACCUGUAUGGUGCUCACCCCUUCUACCUGCUGAUGGAGGAAGGUGGAGAUGCUCACGGGGUUUUCCUCCUCAACAGCAACGCAAUGGAGGUGGCCCUGCAACCCGCACCAGGCCUGACCUGGAGGACCAUCGGGGGGGUGCUGGAUUUUUACAUCUUCCUGGGGCCCGAUCCCAAUAUGGUCAUCCAGCAGUACCAGCAGGUGAUAGGUUUCCCAGCCAUGCCUCCCUUUUGGGCACUCGGCUUCCACCUCUGCCGCUGGGGUUAUGGAUCCAGCAAUGAGACCUGGCAGACCGUGAGAGCCAUGAGGAACUACCAGAUCCCUCAGGAUGCGCAGUGGAAUGACAUCGAUUACAUGGACCGGUACCGGGAUUUCACCUUGGAUUCCCAGAAGUUUGCCUCCCUCCCGUCGCUGGUGGAAGACCUGCACAAACAUGGGCAGCACUAUGUUAUGAUCUUGGAUCCCGGCAUCAGCAGCACCAACCCCAACGGCUCCUACUGGCCAUUCGAUGAAGGCUUGCGGCGGGGCUUGUUCCUCAACACCACCCAAGGGCAGACGCUCAUCGGGCAGGUCUGGCCUGGCUUCACUGCCUUCGCAGACUUCUCCAACCCGGACACACACCAGUGGUGGCUGGAGAACCUGCAGCGCUUCCAUGCCCAUGUACCCUUCGACGGCCUCUGGAUCGACAUGAAUGAGCCGUCCAACUUCAUGGAUGGGUCUGAAGAAGGCUGCCCAUCAGGAGAGCUCGACAGCCCACCCUACACACCAGCCGUGUUGGGCGAUUCCCUCUCUGCAAAGACAGUCUGUGCCUCAGCAAAGCAGAAAGCCUCAGUGCACUACAACCUCCACAACCUCUAUGGGCUGAUGGAAGCCAAAGCCACAGUGAGCGCCUUGAUCCAGAUCCAGGGGAAGCGCCCCUUCAUCAUCUCCCGCUCCACCUUCCCCAGCCAGGGCCGGUACUCGGGGCACUGGCUGGGUGACAACCGGAGCCAGUGGAAGGACAUGUAUUACUCCAUCCCAGGGCUGCUGAGCUUCAGCCUCUUCGGCAUCCCUCUGGUCGGGGCGGACAUCUGCGGCUUCUCUGGCAGCACUUCGGAGGAGCUGUGCACUCGCUGGAUGCAGCUCGGUGCCUUCUACCCCUUCGCUCGCAACCACAACACCCAGAACGAGAAGGCCCAGGACCCAACGGUGUUCAGCCCUGCAGCUAGGACGGCCAUGAAGGAUGUGCUGCUGACACGCUACUCCCUCCUGCCCUUCCUCUACACCCUUUUCCACCGUGCCCACCUGCAAGGGGACACUGUCGCCCGGCCCUUGUUCUUUGAGUUCCCCCAGGAUGUGACCACCUUGGGGCUGGACAGGCAGUUCCUGUGGGGCAGGAGCCUGCUGGUGACACCGGUGCUGGAUCCUGGGGUGGACUCAGUCACAGGUUAUGUCCCCCGAGGCACGUGGUACGACUUCUACACGGGCUCCUCAAUGAACAGCAGUGGGGAGAUGGUGAAGAUGUCAGCCCCCCUGGAUCACCUCAACCUGCACAUCCGGGAGGGUGCCAUCCUGCCCACCCAGAAACCAGGGACCACCAGCGAGGCAACCCGAAGGAACCCCCUGAGCCUCAUCGUGGCCAUGUCGUCCAGUGAUACUGCUUGGGGGGACCUCUUCUGGGAUGAUGGAGAGAGCCUGGACACCUUCGAGCGGGGCAGCUACUCCUAUGUGGUGUUCAAUGUCACGCAGAGCAUCUUCACCUCCACUGUCCUCCAUGCCAGCGCUGAGGCCACUGGAGUCACCAUUGGCACACUGAGCAUCUUUGGGGUGCGAGAACCACCCAGCAAGGUCCUCCUGAAUGGCCAGGAGAAGCCUUUCUCCUACCUGGACAACCAGGUUCUCACUGUGAGUGAUCUCGGUCUUAGCCUCAACCAGGGCUUCUCCCUGCAGUGGCUGUGAGCAGGGGGCUGGGGGUCACCCCCACCUAGUCAUCACUGGAAGAUGCUCGGUGCUCCAGCCCUUGAAGCAGGGAUGCUGCUAUGGAGGAGGUGGUGGGGACUGUCACAUCCUGCCAUGGCCCUCCCAGCACGGCUGGGGAUGGGGAGCCUUGGAGGGGAGGCUCGGCCACCAUGUCCCCCCCUCCUGGUUCCCAUGGGUGGUGUGCGUGCCUGCGGUCCCUGCUGCAAUAAAGACACGUGGAGAACUUG